UCUGAGAGCCAGUGAGUGAGUGAGCGAGUGUGUGUGUGUGCGCGCGAGUGAGUGUGUGUGUGCGUGCGUGUGUGUGUGCUCUGCUGUUGCUGCCCUUUGAUCCCUGCAUUAGUGUUAGUUAGGGGCUCGGAGACACACACUUACAGAGAGCAGCCAUAGUCAAGACACGGCAACAACAACAGCACCUCCUCCUCUACUCUUCCCUGUUCCCAACAAUACACUUAACCGAGGACAGCCAGGUGCACGACAAGUCCCUGCCAUCAGGCUCCCUCGCAACAUUUCAAUGGGGAAAGACCUUUUUUCUUCUUAUCCCUAAACAAGAAGGAGAAUGUGAUAAAAGGGGGAAAAUGCCAAGGAGGAAACAGGAGCAACCCAAGCGCCUGCCUUCACAUGUGGACACAGUAGAGGAUGGAGGGCCAGAGGCUGGCUCAGUAGAGGAGGACAGCUGGUUUGGGAAUACUUCCGACAGCCCCUCUGAAUCGUCCUAUGGUGAUGUGCAAGAUGAGCUGCGGGUUUCCCCGGACGAUGUUCCCCGACCGGACCACGACACCUCAGCCGAGAGCUCCCUGGGCUGCCCGACGCCAGUUCAGCGAGCUUCCCUGGAGCUGCUGGGGCUGGACAGUGGGAUCCUCUCGACCAGGGACAUGCUUUCCUCUGAGGUGUCUUCUCUUUACAGAGACUCCAGCCAGGCCCUGGGCAAGCCCCUCAGCAGCAACCUGCGGCGUCUCCUGGAAGCUGGCUCAGUGACACAGGAGGGAGGGGACCUGACCGGCCAUGUGAUGGGUAGAGGACCAGAGUCGCCCCCAGUCAGCUUGGUACUAUCUCCAUCUUCACAUCACGCACAGCAGCUGAGUGCCCUGGCGAGGAGGUUGGCUAACAGCAGCAGCAACAACAGCGGCGGCAACUCGAACUCUGCAUCACCUGCGUCUGUAGCAACUGUCAAACAGGAGCCCUGUGACCCAUAUGGCCCCAGCAAUGGCCUUAACUCAGGCAACACUGGCUUCGUAUGGGUAGGAGUUGCAGAUAAAUGGCCGUCGACUAGUUGCUCAGCACCCAGUGGCAGCAGCCUGUCACCAGACUCAGCUAUCCAGAAGUUAAAGGCAGCUGCCAACGCCGUGCUCCAAGACAAGAAUGCAGUUGCUUCCUCCACCUCGGCAUCUUCAUCCUCCUCUUCCUCAUCAUCAUCCUCUUCGGUCAACUCCUCUUCAAUGGCAGCCCUGGGUACUCGCUCUGAUGACGCGGUGCGCUUUGAACCGUUCGCUUCACCCUUCAGUCCGCAGUCAGCCAGCUCCACGCUUGCUGCCCUCUCAAAGAAAGUGUCUGAAAGGAGUCAGCAGCAGGUGGGCUCAUCUGAGCAUCAACCCUCAGCUGGCUCCUUUCUCUCUCUGGUUUCCAUGACCUCCUCAGCAGCUCUGUUAAAGGAGGUGGCCGCACGAGCAGCGGGGAACCUUCUAGCUGAUAAGAAAGAGUCGGCAUUAGUACUGGGAUCCUCUGAAGAUGUCAAGCCCCUGUUAGACAGGAACCAGAAGGUGCCCACCCCAACCCAGGCCAUGGAUCUUCUGCUGCCAACAAUCCCCAAGGGAAGGGCCAAGCCCAGCAGUCAAGCAGGUUCUCCUGAGGAUGGAGGGAAGCCCUUUCAGUGCCCAGUGUGUGGUCUCGUCAUCAAGAGAAAGAGCUACUGGAAGAGACAUAUGGUGAUCCACACGGGCUUAAAAAGUCACCAGUGUCCCCUCUGUCCCUUUCGCUGUGCUCGUAAAGACAAUCUCAAGUCCCACAUGAAGGUCCAUCAGCACCAAGACCGAGGGGAGACUUUCCAGUGCGAGCUCUGCCCCUUCACAUCCUCCCGCCACUUUAGCCUCAAGCUGCACAUGCGUUGCCAUCAGCACUUCCCCCGUCCCGACCUUAAAGUCAAAGAAGAACCCGGCACAGACACGGAGGAGGGCGAGGGCUUGCUCAUGGGGGACGGUGGAGUCGCUGGUGAUCAGGUCAUGAACACAGAUGCUUCCUCAUCUCCCACUGCGAGCCAACCUGAUGGUCGUUUGCUGGCCUCCCCUGCAGAACCCUUGAACCACGUCCAGAUCAAGGAGGAACCCCAGGAGAGGGAUGUGUCUGUGAUGUCUCCCUUUGCCCUGUGUAGGGAGCGACCCAGCAGCAGCAGCAGCUCUCUGGAUCUGCCUGGGCUCAAAUCCAGUCCACCAGGGCCUGUACCUACAGCUGCCUCUCUCUUCAGCCCAGAUAUCACCACCAAGACUGCUACGGACCUCCUCAUGAAACUCUCAGCAGCGAACCAGAAGGAGGCCCUAAAGGGUCCCUUCUGUGUCAAAGAGGAGCCCCAGGCGGAAGAGCCCCUCAGCUCUCAGAGGGGACCAAGCUAUAGCUUCUGCCAAGAAGGACCUCCAGGGUCCACCAAGCCACGAGAGGAGGGGAGCCCGAUGAUGGGCAAGAGCAGCCUACUUAGCCAGGACAUCAACGUCAAAGUGGCCUCUGAACUGCUUAUGAAGCUCUCAGAGAAUAACAAAGAAGCUUGCCACCAGAACGUCAUAGUGAAGGCGGAGCCUAUGGAAGUGGACCCGCCCUUAGAAUUGUCCCCACCCUCUUCUCAUCGACUGGGCUUCAGCACUUCAGGGGCAUGUGAGAAGAAGGAACCAAUGGUCCUCCCAGAUCCUUUGCCCCGCCCCCAGAAUGACCUCUUCUCGCAGGACAUUUCAGUCAAAAUGGCCUCUGAGCUGCUUUUCAAACUGUCUGAAAAAGUAAGUAAAGCUAACGAAAACAAAGACAAUGCAUCGUUCAGUAUACACAGCCCUUACCUGGACGACCGCUUUAGACAAUCACCUUUCAGCACGCGCUCCAAGAGCUCUUCCCCAGCUGAAGCUGGAUCUUCAAGCAGGGUUACCCAGCAAGAUCCAGAGAAGGUGAGUAGUGAGCCAGGGAAUGGACUGGCCCAAUGGAGACUCAACGAACAGCUCUUUCCCUGCCCUGUAUGUGGCAAAGUGUUUGGUCGCCAACAGACUCUCUCCAGACAUCUCUCCCUUCACACAGAAGAGAGGAAGUAUAAGUGUCAUUUGUGUCCUUACGCGGCUAAGUGCCGAGCCAACCUCAACCAGCACCUCACCAUCCACUCAGUCAAACUGGUGAACACAGAUGCCGAGCAGAUUGUUACCGCUGUUACCAAUGAAGGCCAAGAGCUCAAAAACUGCCCCUACUACUACAGCUGCCACGUCUGCGGCUUCCAGACAGAGUUUAACGCUCAGUUUGUCAGUCAUAUGUCUCUUCAUGUAGACAAAGAGCAGUGGAUGUUCUCUCUCUGCUGUAGCACCUGUGAGUAUGUGGGUGUGGACGAGGCCGAGAUGAAAGCUCACAUCGGUGCAGGGCACGCAGGUUUCAGUUCCAGAAGCCCUCUCAGUGAGACCAAGAGCACUUCCUCCUCUCUCUCAGCCCUCAGCGACUCCCUCAACAGCUCUGAAGGUGGAGAUGUUGCCCAAGGUAACGAAGAACUAAAAAGCCUUUUGGCCCCGCCUUCUUCUGUGGGGAGUCAGUCAAGCUCAGGCCCAGGAACAGAGGAAAAAGCAGAGAAAGGCUUUGAAUGCGUCUUCUGCAACUUUGUGUGUAAAACUCGCCCAAUGUACGAGCGGCACCUACAGAUCCACCUGAUCACGCGCAUGUUCGAGUGCGACGUCUGCCACAAGUUCAUGAAGACACCCGAGCAGCUCCUGGAGCACAAGAAGUGCCACACCAUCCCCGCCGGAGGGCUCAAGUGCCCUCUAUGCAUCUACUCCACCAACAGGCCAGCCGCCAUGGAGGGCCACCUGAAGACGCACUACAAGAUGGAGUAUCGCUGCCGCAUCUGCCAAGCCGUGUGGGCCAAUCAGGCAGAGCUGGAAAGGCACACGCGCGCUCACCGCCUGGGCAACCACUACAAGUGCGAGCAAUGCGGCUACCUCUCCAAAACAGCCAACAAGCUCAUCGAGCAUGUGCGUGUGCACACCGGCGAGCGGCCUUUCCACUGCGACCGUUGCAGCUACAGCUGCAAACGCAAGGACAAUCUCAAUCUCCACAAGCGGCUCAAGCACGCACCGAGACAGACCUUCGGUUGCGCCCAGUGCCCAUUCACCACCACUCACCCGUUCGUCUACAGCCGCCAUGUUAAAAAGCACCAAGGCGGGGAGGGGAGCGCCGAGGAAGGUGAGGCUCGGCCAGGUACGCCAUACCAGGGCCUUUUGGAUCGAGGAGGGAGCAGCAGUGGGAGCGGGGACAGUGGGAGCACCAGUCCGCUCAUGAACCUGUCCGCCUCUCAAGCCUUGCAGUCCGUCGCCCUGUCGAUCACCAGCAAGCAGCAAGGCGGCGCCCCUACCACACGCUACCUCUCGGCCAAUGGCACGUUCUCCACAUUGGCGACCCGCUACUUGGAACAGUACAGGAACUGUGACCUGGCUCACCUCAUCCCCCUCACCACGCUCUUUACGGCCCGCCGCUUCAAAUUCCACAGCUCCUCGCCCUCAAACUCCUCGCCGCCCUUCUCGGCAUUCUGGUCCAACUCGUCCUCGCAGUCAACACUCAAACACUCCUUCCUGGCAUACCUGGGAUUGACAGAGAGAGCUAAGACAAUUUGACCAUCCUCGUCCCUUCUUCUUCUCCUUCACCCGCCGUUGCCCUGUAUCAUCAGUCACCGAAGCCACUGACUGUUCCACAUGCAGGCUAAAAUACUGCCCUAAAGUGUAGUAAUGAUAGUAAAACAUCCAUUUAUCAGAGGACAAGCUGUUCACACUCAAAGAAUUUUGAUUUCUGUUCUAUCGCAAUCCAAUCGUUGCUCUUUCUUUUAAGAGGUCGUUUUCCUCUAAAAAUCGUGAAUGACCUGGAAUCCGAUAACAGUGCUUUAUCUAUUACAAGUUUUGUAUUCAUUUUGAUGGGCAAAAGGAAACGGAACAUAAAAGUUUGCAAGCGCUAAGCUUUUUUUGUGCAUUUUGUCAGGAAUACGAAAGAAUGUUCGCUAUGUGUUGCAAUUGUUUUUUGAAGUCAUUUAGGGGCUCGGUGUGAAAUAUCUUGGGGUAUACAGUAUAUGGCACGGCAAAAACCAAUGAAACGGAUUGUUAUCAUUUGAGUCUUGUUUCCAAAGCAAAGCCUCAGACCAUGCACUUGUUAAUUUAACGAGCUGUACAUAGUUUUGUAGUAUUUCUUUUCUUUUAUCCCCCACACCUGUAAGCAUUGACUGGUUUUGCUGAAUGGCCAGACUAUCUGCAAAUUUUAAUCUUGCCUCAGUAACAAGCAUAAGGCCUUUUACGACACCUGCGAAGUGCAGCUGAUGGCAUUUCUUAAUACAAGCCACGCUAAUGUCAAAAGCAAUCAUUACCACUCCUGCAGUGGUCGCCAACCCAUGAUGCCACCCUUCAAUUAUCUUCACCAUACUUUUGGUCGCUACAGAUUGUGCCAUAGCUGACCGAGGUGGGCAUGAGAUAUAAGUGACCAGUCAAGCGCCCUGUGCAUAGCUAACAUAUAUAAUACGCACCUGUACGUUUAACGAGAUGUAUGAGGUGACCGGUUUUUGGGAAAGACCCAAUUAUUCUGUCACAAAGGCCGAUUCAAUGGUGCUUUUUGGAGCUCUUUUGUAAUUUUGUGUGUAAAAAAAGAAAAAAAAGAAAAGAAAAAACCUGUUCCAAAAUGACUUGAAUGAAUGUACUUUCUGUUGGUCAAUGUUAGAAUGAUACAGAGGUAGCUGGAUUGUGGUAAGUGAGAUCAUGGACAAACAAUGGUAUCUCGGUGGCCUUCUGUGUCUUACAUUUUUUGUUCUUCUAAUUGUUUUUUAUUAUUAUUAUUACUUUUAAUUUGAAAGAGCCUUUGAAAUGUAAAAUACAAAUAUAUGUAUCAAAAUAUAUAUCCUGUACUAACAAGCUAUUAUGAGAACCCCAUUAGAAAAUGGCUCUCAAGUGCAAUGUGGAGGCAGCCAUUAUUUUGAUCUUUGGAAGCAUGGCUUUCCAUAUGUGGGCAAACAUGGUAGCAUAAUUCUAUGUUCCCCUCUCAGUGUUUUGAAUUUUAAUUGCACUUAAAAUUUUGAAAUGUUUCAAAAAAAGCACUUACACCCAAUAGAAAACAUUCUUGAUGCCAAUUAUUUCGACUGCCUCAAAUAACCUCAAUGCUACUUAAGGCACUUUUUUUUUUUUUUUUGUCUGCUACAGUGGUUGACACUACAAAUUCUAAGCCUUUUUCCUGUUGGUAUUUGCCAAACAGCAGACUGCUCUGUUUUGAUGGAUCAUAUGGCAUGUGUAAUACGGACAGCUGACUUCAAAAUCCACCCUGGACACCAAAGGACCAGGCUAAAUUUUUAACAGCGGUUUUGCACAGUGCUGUAAAAAAAUGCACUUUUCUAAACAAUGUAUCAGAACGCAGUUCUAUUCAAUGCUCUAAAAUGGUAGACAUCCAUAGGUUUUACUGCCCGUUAUGUUGGCGAGCCCUGGAAAAAAUAAUUUUCGAUCCAAAUACAGUUGAAUUCAUGUUCAAAACAGAUAAACUGUAACAUUGGCGGUAACAGAUUGAUUUUUGACGAGCACUUUGCUUAGUUAUUGGAUAGAUGGAUUUAUUUUACGAAUUUAGAAUUUAGGAAACUUUAAUUGGUGCUAAAAGAGUAAUUUAGUAUGUGUUUGGUUUAGUAACCAAACACCAAUAAACCGAUACCAAUAAACUCAGUAUGACCAAGAACUGGUUGUUUAAUUAGCUUGGAUAAUAUAUUGGUCUAAAUAAACAGAUUCUCCUUUGCAUGUCAUGAAAAACAUGUACAAAGUUCAAACUUGAGGUCCUAAAAUACUUUAUAUGACGAAAGAUGCAUUUGAACAAAACAGUCCGUUUUUAUCCAGCCAAUGGGAUCUGAUCAAUAAUUUCAAUGUUAUCCAUCAUAGAUGUAGAAUGCUCUCCCGCCUUCAUUCAUGCGAGAAUAGCAGAUAAGGGACAAGGAUAAAAACGUAGCCUGUUAAGGUCAGUCGAGGCAGGUACACAAAAGUUUUCGAAUGCAGCUGACCUUAGACAUUUUAAAAGGAAACGAGUAGCAGCAUUACUUUGAUAGUUCAACCUUGAAGCGCUAAGAGAUAAUUCUUCUUAAGUUUAUUCUCCUUUAACUUAACCAUUGCCCAAUACAAAUUCUGUAUUUAAGGCCAAUUUAUAAAUAAAAUGCAGCCAUUAAAAGAUGGUAGACAGUUUCUUGGCCCCGCACAGUAUCCUUAUUUUAUACUUAUAUUCUUUUGCUCUCAUGGUAUCAUUUAUUUUUCAUUUCAUGUAGAUGCCCAGCAUGCAGUCUAAUGGUAUGUUGUAUUUUAAGUGGAGCUUCUUUGCUUGUUAAUAAAGCUCCUGCUUAACCCAUUAUCUUUUAUGCUCUAGUGCCACUUGGUGGCAAGGAGUGGCCCGAGAGCCUGAGAGGAAGUGAAACUGAUCCUCGGGACCCAUUUUGAUAGAGUGAAUUCAAAUGGAAUGUCCAUUGGGCAACAUCCUUUUGUCCAUCUGCCUUGGAACACCAAGUAUUCAUCAUGUAGAAGAACGUGGCUGCUGCUCUCUUGCUCAGUUGUGUGGGCAAGAGGAGUGCAACAGGGAUCGCUUGCUGUUCCAAUACCAGUUUUUAUAAAUACUUAAUACUUGGCGUUCUGUUUGCCUAAUUGCAAGGAGCAACAUUUUUUGUUUUAGCAUCAUUGCGCAUCCAACAAGACUGACUACCUUUUUAGCACUUCAAAAGAUGCAUGUAAUUGCUCUUGAUCUCUAGUUUGUAGCACUUACUUUUUUUUUUUUUUGGUCCAAAAAAAAAGAAGACCAACUCGUUUUGCGUUUAGCUUUGCGGGUUAUUCUGCACAAUCUGUUUGCUUUAUCUCUUGCUGUACUCUACAACUCAAUAAGGCUCAAGUAUCAUUUUGUUUCUUUCUUAUUUGGCACCCAGUAAACUUGUAAUGUGCUGUAUAAAGCUUUUUUAUUACUUCAUUCUUAAGGCUGUACAGGGUUGUUUGUGACAAUAACUGGUAAUUAGAUCAUUUGUACUUUUUAUUUUGUUUUGUAUUUUGGUUUUCUUGGUUUUGCAUUCUUUAUGUUCAAAUUGCCAGUUCUAAAUGUAACAGGAUUUGAAAGUAAAGCUUACAUCUCAUAUUACCAUAAA